GCGGGCUCUCCCCAGCCCCCCAGAAGCCGUCUGGGCUGCCGGAUGCCUGGGAAUUUCUCUGGUCGCUCUCGCUCUUGCGACCUUGAGCAAGUCCUUGCUCUAGGACUCCUGAGUUGCCCAGGGCUGUAAAACCAAGAAGAUGUUUAUUGGGUGUCUUCUAUAUGAAACUACCAUGCUUGGCACUGGACCUGGGGAGACAACUGUAGGAGUGGACAGUGAAAAAGGCUCUGUCCUCACAGCACCUACAUCCAGGGCAAACUGAAUGCAAUCUAGAGGGCACUUACAUCACGGGCGCUGGCCUCCAACCCAUACCAGCCGCCAGUCUCCUGCUAAGUCUUGCUCCUGGUGCAGUCGUGGCAGAGCGAGGGUCAAGUGCUCCACUGCGCAGACGCGGAAAUAAUUCACAACACCCUUCCACUUAUUGGCUGUUCCCGCCUCGAAUUAGCAAGCCCACUAUCCAAUCUAAGAGCGUCUCUAAUCGCUCCGCCUAUCCCUCGCCCGGAAGUUGGCUACAGCCGAAUCUGCUUUAGCUAAGGCUCUCAGGUAGCCAAUUGAGAGAAGGGAGAGGAGAAUCGGAGCCGCCUAAGAGCCAAUGGCAGGAGGCAUGGCAUGACGCUACGGACAUGGCGACCGCAAUCGGUCAACUCCUGGACGUGUCGGGCCGCUGGGUAACCUCAGUCGGUGCCCGGGGAGAGAAGCAGCGGCCCUAUUAGUAAUCGUACCCACGAGGCAGCGCAACCGUCCCUCAGGGAGAGAGAGCGUCGCAGCAAUGGCUUAUCACUCGGGCUACGGAGCCCACGGUUCCAAGCACAGGGCCCGGGCAGCUCCGGAUUCCCCUCCCCUCUUUGAUGAUACAAGCGGUGGUUAUUCCAGCCAGCCUGGGGGAUACCCAGCCCCAGGAGCCGAGGUGGCCUUCAAUGUCAACCACUUGCUUGGGGAUCCAAUGGCCAACGUGGCUAUGGCCUAUGGCAGCUCCAUCGCAUCUCAUGGAAAGGACAUAGUGCACAAGGAGCUACACCGUUUUGUGUCUGUGAACAAACUCAAGUAUUUUUUUGCUGUGGAUACAGCCUAUGUGGCCAAGAAGCUAGGGCUGCUGGUCUUCCCCUACACACACCAGAACUGGGAAGUGCAGUACAGUCGUGAUGUGCCUCUGCCCCCACGGCAAGACCUCAAUGCUCCUGACCUCUACAUCCCUACGAUGGCCUUCAUCACCUACGUGCUGCUGGCUGGGAUGGCACUGGGAAUUCAGAAAAGGUUCUCUCCAGAGGUGCUGGGCCUAUGUGCAAGCACAGCACUGGUGUGGGUGGUUAUGGAGGUGCUGGCUCUGCUCCUGGGCCUUUACCUGGCCACCGUACGCAGUGACCUGAGCACCUUCCACCUGCUGGCCUACAGCGGCUACAAAUACGUGGGGAUGAUCCUCAGUGUGCUCACAGGGCUGGUGUUUGGCAGUGACGGCUACUACGUGGCACUGGCCUGGACCUCAUCUGCACUCAUGUACUUCAUCGUGCGCUCUUUGCGAACAGCAGUUCUGGGCCCUGACAGUGUGGGGGGUCCAGCCCCUCGGCAGCGUGUCCAGCUCUACCUGACUCUAGGAGCUGCAGCCUUCCAGCCCCUCAUCAUAUACUGGUUGACCUUCCACCUGGUCCGAUGACUCCUAGCCCCAGAUGGCACUGGUUUUUUCACAUAUUGAAAAUUUGGUUUCCUUGA